UAAGAAUGAGAUGAUACAUGAUAUAUCUGUUUUAACACUACCCUUUACCUUCAAAUCUUCUUCGAAGUAUCUUUGUGUUGGGUAUUCAGUUUUGGUUGAUGCAAUUUAUUACGGUAUUACAAUGUGUUUUUGAAGGAAAAAAAAACCAAUCAGAGUUUUCUUAAUAAGAGGGGGGGUGGAAUUUGAUGGGUCAAAGUCAAAGUGGUCAAACGAAGCUAGAAGAAGGUGGAAUUUGCAAUUAGCAAAGAAAGAUGCCAAAUCAUCCCGCCAAAACAAAAUAAGAGUAACGAACUUCUCUCUGAGUCUUCUUCUUUAAAACCAGUCUCUCCUCCCCACACACCCAGUUCAGAAUAACCGCCACUUCACAGAACUUCAAGAAUACAUAAAAACACGCACUCACACAGUAAGCCCCCAAGAAAAUGGAUCUUCACCAUCAUCACAUCAAGAUCCUCGCUUUUUCUCUCCAUAUCCUUUUCCUCCUAGCUAAUUCCUCCUUCGCCGCCGCCACCGCGCCAUCUCAGCCGCCUUCCUCCUCCUCCUCCAUCGCCGCCGCCGCAGAAACCCUCCGUUCACAUGGCUACUCGCUUUACGCCUCCACCCUCGUCUCAACAUUCUCCAACGCCGCGAAACUCUCCGGCACCAUUCUCGCAGCUCCGGACUUCAUAUUUGCCUUCUCCCCCAGCCUCACCAGCCGAGCUCUGCCCCGGCCUUCCACCACCCUCCUCCUCUAUCACUCCCUGAAACCGCCCUCACUCCGGUGGCAAGAUCUCAAUUCCCGACUAGACGGCGACGAACUCCCCACCCUGCACUCCGAUUAUUGCCUUUUCCUCUUCAAGAAUCCCAACGGCGAACUUUCAGUCGCUUCUUCCAAGAAGCCAGUUUUGGCGGUUAACAUCCGGCAGCCGGAUCUUUAUGUGGACGCUAAUCUCACAAUCCACGGCGUCGACGGCGUGUUGGACCCGUCCACGGCGACAAAAUGCUCCAAGGUAUUCGUUUCCGACCCGGUGGCGAAUGUUCAAUCUUGGGUCCACCGGUCAUUUCUUGAUCGCGCAAUCAGAAUGUUACGGAAAAGGGGAUUCCACGUGGCUGCUACGGCGUUGUCUCUGCUCCGGCCGGAAUUGUUAAACUUACCGGCGGUUACGGUUUUCGCCCCUUCUGAUAAUGUUCUGUUCGCAAAUUCCGUCGGUUUCCGUUACAAUGCCCGGCGUCACGUUGUUCCGGAACGGCUUCUUAUGGACAGGAUGACGUCGUUUGCAGAAGGAACAGAGUUCGAGACGCUGGCCCCAAACAAGACGAUCUUUGUUGAGUCCGGCAACGAUGUCGUAACCGUCAACGGCGCCAGGAUCGACGGCGUCGAGCUUUACAAGAAUAAGUGGAUCAUUCUGUAUUCGAUUGAGCCCAUGACGUUGGAUGACGCCCUCGGAGAAUCUCAAGAUAGAGGAAGGUGGUACGAAUCAUUGUCGGCGGCGGAGUCUCAGAUUCCGGUAGAGAUGUCAAACCAAUCGGUCAACGGGAACGUCAACGUCAGUACCGGUGUUCCUCCAGUUGCUUCCUCGAGCACCGGAAAGCCAAUAGAACCACCGUCUCCAGCGCCGGCUAGCAGCUUUCUUGAGCUAUCAGAAACAGGGGUUCCCGGAGUUUCACCGGCAAGCGGUCAAGAGUAUGUGGAGGAUAUAAUCAACAAACCAGUCAAACCACCAGCUCAGUCACCGUCCCAAUUUGCUACUCCGGUGAUUGGUGGCUCUACAGACAUCCCGUGUGACGCUUACGGUGUUACAGUUGGAGUUGAUAGUUCCAGUCGCUUCUGUCCGGCGAAUGAAGCACUGGAGAUUCUGCCGGAGAGUGAACAGAUACAGAGUGCCCCUGAUGAACCACAAUUUGAACCGACAGAUGAUAUUGUCGAACCUAAGAUCUCCAAGAGGUUACUGCAAUCCGAACCAACGCCAUUGAUUUCUGAAGACAAGGAGAGACGAGUUUCUGAUCCAACAAACAUGGCUGGUGAUCUCUUCUUUUACAUAUGAUUUUUUGGCAGAGUACAUAAUUGCACUUCACUAGGAGGAAAAGAUGUUUUUGAUUGGUAUGUAGUUGCUGUAAAAUUGUAGAUCACUGAUUCCGAUCCGAUGUUCAUUCUUGUUCCUGUGUUGAUAAUAAAAAAAGGCAACAAAUUGUGCAGUGU